CUUUGAUGUGGACAAUGGCACGUCGUCGGGACGUAGUCCCCUGGAUCCCAUGACAAGCCCAGGGUCGGGGCUGAUUCUUCAGGCCAACUUUGUCCAUAGUCAAAGAAGGGAAUCCUUCUUGUACAGGUCAGACAGCGAUUAUGACCUCUCUCCAAAGUCCAUGUCCAGAAACUCCUCCAUUGCUAGUGACAUGUAAGUAAUCACACAGCUGUCAAUCAGUAUUCUAUCAAUGACUGUUGUUUUAUCUGUGAAUGCUUUAUCUUGCUCUUUUACGGUUUUACAAACUGUAAAUGCUCCUAAUUAAUUUGUUUUGAUCUUUAAAAUAUGGAUCUUUAAAAUUAUAGCAGUUUAAUUGUUAUUAGGUACUUUUAUUAUUAAUGCCAGUAGCUUGAGUUUUAUGGAUUUCAAUUUCUUGAAUUGUUUUGGAUUUAUUAGAUUUAAUAGGUUGGGACUAAUUUACUUCAUGAGUGUUCUCCUCCCAGAAGACAUUAAAAUUGACCUUUAUUUAAAAACAAAAUUAUAUUUCAACAUCAUGUUCCAGGGGGGUACAAAGAAGACUAAUGCAUUUAGUGUCGUGCAAGGCACUUCCUCUGAGAUUUCUCUGGGAAAGUGCUUUGCAUGACACGAAACGCAUUAGCUUCUCCAUUCUUUGUGUCACCCUGUGUAUUGUAUCCAAAUAUAAUUUUUUAUUGAAUAAAGGACGAUUUUAAUCCGUUUGAUGGAGUACGCCAUUAAAGUCCUGAUUGCAGGACCUGGCACGAGUGAUGUAUUGUUUGAAUUAUCACUGCCCUGUCCUGAAGUCACUUCCCAUGUGUUCAUUGCUCCAGCUAAAUCAAUCAACUUCCAUCCAAGAUGGUGAACUACACAACAAGAUUUAAUUACACCAAUACUUAUAGCCCAGGCUUCCCUCUGUCAUCUAGGAUCAAAAUCCCCCAUGCCUGUGGCUUAUGUUAGUGAGGAAACCAGAAUAUAAUUGAAGGAAAAUAAAUAUCUUCAAACAGAACACACAAUGGAGGUGUUAGUGAAAGAAUGUAUUUGCCACUCUCCCGUCCUUUGUCUACACAGCUACCCACCAUAUAAUCUCUUAAUGUACCCAACAUUACGUUUCUUAUCUAUCUUUUCAGACGCUACUUGUUUACUAUCUUUCUCCAUUGUUUUUCACUUAUCUCCACUGACUUUCUUUUUCCAGCUUUACCACCACUGUCUUUAUACACCUAUAUACAUAUUUUAUUAUUUUUGCUUCUCAGUUUCAUUCACUCUAUUUCCACAUUUUUUCACUCUGCACUACACAAACAUAACUGAUGUUCUUGUUGUCUUUAACAUUUCAACAACUCCCCUAACAAUUAUCUCCUGUUAGAUGUUUUACCCGAGGACACUUACUGGCAAAGUUUUCUGACUACGAUUAAAAACCCAAGUUUACCAGUUUUAAGGCAGUGGCAUUACCACUCUAACCAUCCGAUGUAUUUAUUAUGACAAAGCACGUAUCAUCUCAAGAUAGUUCCAUGAAUGUGUAAAUCAACUCAAUGUACUCCAAUGACUGUUAUUAGGUCUCAAUCCAAUAUAUCACCUGUGGGAUUUGAUGAAACAAGAGAUUUGCCUGAUGAAUGUACACCUGACAAAUCUGCAGGAAUUGUAUGAUGUCAUCAUGUCUGCAUGGACCACAAUCUCUAAGAAAUGUUUCUGGCAACAUGAUGACUACAUGUCAUAAAUAAUUCAUAAUAUACUAUUUUAGUGCAAAAUCAUGUCCUACUCGGUAUUAGAAGGGUUUACCAAUUAAAGUGUCUCUGAAAAAUAUUCACAUUUUGACCCUGUAAUUGGUCUAUAUAACAUUAAAUUCAGACGUGUGGGGUGGGAUAUUUCCUUAAACCACUGAAAUAAACAGUCUUUGUACGAAAACAGUCAAAGAAAUGCUUUGUCAUGUAACCUCAUCUUUUAGUUUAACAAUUGUAUUGUAAGUGAAGCUGUAUUGAUGGGGCUGAAUCCUAUCAACACUCCGCAUGUAUCACAACUAUGAUAUAGUGGAAAUAUUUGCAUUUCACAGUUGCUUACAAUUAUAGACCUCUUCAUUGUGAAAUUCUUUUAAAUUCAGUAGUUGAGUUGCAAAGACACUGACUCUAUCAUUAUCAACAAUGAGAGGAACAUGUGUAAACUGAGAUAAGAGCUAUGGAAUGCAGAAUAGUGUCUAUAAAUAAAAGUAGUACAGUCAUUUGUAAAAUAAUCCUCCUGGAAUUCUUUGAUAGCACAUGCGAGAACGUUUGAUUAUAGUCAUAACAGAAUGGCAUGGAAAUGAUAAACAAGAUAUUAAGUUAUUUUACCCUGUUUAGUUUUUUAUGGCACUUAGAACUGAUCUGCCUUGUUGUAAAGGAGAAUAAUUGAAGUUUCAGGGGGAGUAAGCAAUAGAAUAUAAAGUAUGCGGUAAAUGGAUCUUAAAUAUAAGUUAUUUAUAUACAGUGUGUGUGUGUGUGUGUGCAUGUUUGUGUGUAUAUAUAUAUAUAUAUAUAUAUAUAUAUAUAUAAAAAUAUAUAUAUAUGCAAUACUCUAAGCAUUAUGAAAACUUAAGUGAUUUGAAGUGGUCAUGGUGCUGGAUUCUGUAUGUGGUGGAUUUAACGGAUAAUUACUGCACAUACACAGUUAAAGAAGUUGUAACUCCAAUCCUGGCAGUCUCAUAAGCCAUCGUGGAACUCUCGUUCCAUUCUGGCUAAUGUUAAUUCUGUGCAUAAAAGGUGUCUGUCAUCAGCACGCAUAGCAUGAUGGUGACAGGGGACCAAUGGCAGCAUGGCACCUGCUCUAUGACGCCUAUGUCCCCUCCUCAUCAUGGGGUGUCACUCCCCGUGCAGUGAGAGGAGUGACAUGUACAAACAGGGUUUAUACUGUAAGUAGAACAUGGCCUUCUCAUGGGAUAGCAGGUACGUUUUGACUGUCUUCCUUUUUAUUACUUUUUUAUGUAGGGUAGGGGGAGGGGCAUUCCAGCAAGGGUUACUAUACAGCCAAAAAACGAUGUUUAAUGAAACACAGGUUUUGUUGAAUUAACUCUUUAACCCCUCUGCACUAAGCACAUUAGAAAAUGUAUUUGGAAUUGUUCACUUUAUAAUAUCAAUGGCAAUGACAAUUUGUAUUCACCAAAUUGAUAUCUUAUCACACUGAGAAAGGUCGCUUGCACCAAAUGUAUUUACAUUUUUGAAGAAAAAUAUUUGUCUGCAAAUUCAAAUCUUUGAGAGUACAGUAUGAUGCAUAGCUAUUCAUCCCUCUUUAAUGUUUACUACAUUUUACAGUGUUAGAAUCUAGAAUUAAAAUGUAUUUUACUGGGAAUGUUACCAUUUGUUUUUCACAAAACAUAAUGAACACCUUGAAGGUGCAAAAUAUUUAUUUUCUUGAGUAACACAAGUUAAUUAAACAAGUAAGAUCAGUAUUAGACAUUUUUGGUUGCACACAUAGCCACCCUCCUGUGUUAAUACUUGGCAGAACUACGUUUGGCUGCAGUUACAACUGUUAAUAAUUUGUCCUUAGAUGUCAGCACUCCGCCUCUUCCGAUGUCAUCUGACAGGGUAGGUGGCCUAAUACACAUGCGCAGUGAGCUCGGAGAACACAUUAGACUUUCCUAUGGUUAUUUACUAAUGCUGGAUGUCCUCAUGCAGAGGGUGAGGAUGUCAAGCAUAAGUUAGGGCACCAAAAGUCCGUUAGAAUCCAGGAAGCACCUCUACUGGCUGUCUGACAAUUAUUGCCUUUCUCAAAAGCUGCCAUGAUUUACAUCUGGAUACUGCAUCCGGACCACUUCAAUUAGCUGACCAUUAAAAAAAUAACCACAAGUGUUAACAGAGAGCAGUUAAUCAAUUUGAUGAGGGUGGAGUUGCAUAGGGUGCUAUAGAGUACAUGAGGGCGAGAAGAAAGAUGGAACCUGGUAGGCGGUUGAAAUAAUGCCGUUGGGUGAUAUUGCCAAUUUUUUCACACAAUGUCUUCUUAUUUUACAGACAUGGAGAUGACUUGAUUGUAACGCCAUUUGCUCAGGUAUGUAAUGCAAAUAGAAUCUGUUCACAAGGCAUGCUUAUAAUUUAGACCAGUCCACUAAUAACAGAUACAGGGCAUCAUCCCAUUGUACAGCGCUACGUAAUUUGCUGGCGCUAUAUAACUGGUAUAAUCAUAAUACUAAUCGUUGAUCAGCAGCUGGAAAGAGAAAACCAACACCAAAUGGUAAAACAAAAAGGGGGUAAGAGUCUGCGCUUACUCAAAUAAGCAGCAACCCUAAAAGGGGAAUCCCUCAAGAAACCCUUUGAGAAACAGGAAAAUACAAGAAAAGGGGGUUAAGGGCUGUGCUUGAACAAUUAAUAAAAAAAUAUCGAAAAUGUAUAAAAUAUAGAUAAAAUCAGCAAUGAUAAUAAAAUCAAAUUAUAAUCAAUAGACAAAGUUCAUCCAGAUAUGAAAGUUGAAAUUAUAAAUUGAAACAGUCUCACUGAUAUAUGGUAAUACGAUAAUGAUCCUCAAGUGUUGCUCCGUCCGUAUGGCAGAUAGUUCAUAUAUGUGAAGAUAAAAAACAGAGGAAAAAGCUGCCAAUGGUGAAAUAUUGUAUGUCCAGAUGUGGUAUAUAUUCAAGAAAAAGGUAUUUCACUCACAUUUGUUGGAGCUUGAACACUUGAGGAUCAUUAUCGUAUUACCAUAUAUCAGUAAGACUGUUUCAAUUUAUAAUUUCAACUUUCAUAUCUGGAUGAACUUUGUCUAUUGAUUAUAAUUUGAUUUUAUUAUCAUUGCUGAUUUUAUCUAUAUUUUAUACAUUUUCUAUCUUUUUUAUUAAUUGUUCAAGGGCAGCCCUUAACCCCCUUUUUUUGUAUUUUUCUGUUGCCCAAAUGGCUACUCAAUGGAAAUUCCUAAAAAUCCUUCUUAAAGGACACUAGGCAUAUGCAUAACCUGCUGAAAUAGGGCAGAUUUCAAAUCUGCCCGAUUUUUUGACAUGCCUAGAUCCUCUCAAGAAAGCUUCUCCAGCUAUCAGUAAGAUAGAAAGGGACCUGCAGAUCUGAAACCUAUUACGGAAUUAAAGAGACACUAAUUUUCAUCAUAUUUUUGACUUACCAUCCUCCUCUCUAGAAAAGAAUCUUAGAUAUUAUAAACUACUACAAAUGUUUUUUUAUCCAUAUAAAAACUGGUGGGGUGCAGCCCCAAGUGCCCCUAUGGAUAAGCCGUCACUGGCGGCCAUAUGUAAAAAUAUCACCUGGCUGACUGUACACAAUGACAAAUUAAGUGCACAAGAGACAUCAGUGAUGGCUAAACUUUGGCAUGGUAGCCAUAAUAGACUACAUUUCCUACGAUGUUCAGCGAGACUAGGUCAAGCACACCCACACAGCUCACAUACAAUUUUCCACUCUGUCCCUCAUCUCCAUGUAAUGUAUGUAAAUUUUUCAUGCUUCUUCAGAUAUCUAUGUCCUGUCUCGGUUGGAGUCCCACAAGGCUCUGUCCUUGGUCCCCUUCUAUUUUCUCUUUAUACUGCCUCUCUUGGUAAACUUAUAGCCUCUUUUGGAUUCCACUACCACCUGUACGCUGAUGACACCCAGAUAUAUCUCUCCUCCCCAGACCUCUCCCCUGCCGUCCUGCUUGCCUUUCUUCCAUCUCUGACUGGAUGUCCUCCCGCUUUCUGAAACUCAAUCUCUUUAAAACUGAACUCCUUGUCUUUCCUCCUCCUAAUACUGAUCCUCCUCUUUCGCUCUCCCUUCAAGUUAGUGGUAUCCACAUAAGUCUAUCCUUGCAAGCGCACUUUCUUGGUGUCAUACUUUAUUCUGGCCUCACCUUUGAGCCUCACAUCCAGAAUGUUGCCAAAUCCUGUAGAUUCCAUCUUAAAAUUAUAGCCAGCAUCCGCCCCUUUCUUAUGCAAGAUGCUACCAAGGUACUUGUCCAUGCUCUAGUAGUUUCUCACAUGGAUUAUUGUAACCCUCUUCUGAUUGGUCUUCUGAAAAGCUGUACUGCCCUGCUACAGUCUGUAAUGAAUGCUGCCGCCAGAAUGAUUUUCCUUUCUAGUCGGUCCUCUCACACCUCACGCCUCUGUCAGUCCUUACAUUGGCUUCCUGUAUCCUAUAGGAAUCAACCCAUACCUAUAAAGCACUGAAGAAUUCUAGCCCCUCUUAUAUCUCUUCACAGAUCCAUAGGUAUGUCCCUUCUCGGUCUCUCUGCUCUGACCGUGACCUUCUCCUGUCCGCUAUUCGCACCCGUACGGUCAGUGUCUCCUGUCCGUUGCUCGCACCUGUGCGGCCAACUCACGCUCGCAGGACUUCUUGUGGGUGGCUCCCUUCCUAUGGAAUAGCCUGCCUACCACCAUCAGACUCUCCCCUAGUCUUGCAUCUUUUAAGAAGUGUCUUAAAACCCAUCUCUUUAGGAAAGCUUAUGGGCCUCCCAGAGUUAGCUCUACCUUACAUACCUGUCUCUUGCUCUCUCCUAAAGGGCUGACACUUUACUCUCUCCUCCAGCUCUGCUUCACUCCCUCCUUAUUUGAUUAUUAUUUUCUGUCCUACUGUGUUUUAUACCCCACCUCCUAUAGACUGUAAGCUUGUUUGAGCAGGGUGCUUUUCAACCUAUCGUUCCUGUAAGUUAUCUUGUAAUUGUCCUAUUUAUAGCUAAAUUCCCCCUCUCAUAAUAUUGUAAAGCUCUACGAAAUCUGACGCUAUAUAAAUGGCAAUAAUAAUAAUAAUAUGUGUAGUGUGUGAACACUGAGUAUGUAAACAGAUAUUUGGGAAUGAAUGCAUAGACAUAUAUGUAAAUUUGUAUAUGUGUGAUCUGUACUGAAUGCAGACAUAAGGUACGUGAAUGUAUUUGCACAUGUAUCUGUGUAAUGCGAGCAUAUGUACAGUUCAUUUUAAAAAUAAUAAAUUGUAGCAAAUUAAAAACUGAAUUACAGGUAAAAUAGACAAGCUAUGGCCAGAUUUUUAAAAAUUUGACAUAUUUACCUAAGUUUAUUUUAUUUUAGUCUUUAUUUCCUUUUACAACAAUUAAGUGUUUGAAACCCUUGUGUGGGAAUGUGUGUAUGUUUAUAAUGCCUGCAUGGAUGUGUGAAUAUGUAUGCAUAGUGCAAUAAUCUAUUGCUUAUCACUUUUGUUUUAUUGUACUGACAGAAUUAGAUAGAAUACACAUUAUUAGAACAGCACACAAACAGACAAAAUGUACUUACAAAUCUUACUGCUUUAAGGCUGCUUAAAAUGAUCUGGCUGAGAGAAACUGAUUAAGCAAAACUACCAGGAACCAAGCUACAAAAACAUAGCAAUUAAUAGUAUUAUGGAAUAGUUUAGAAUGAUACUGCAACUUACCACCACCUAGGGGCAGCAACAAUAUAGACAUUUACCAACAUAUAGAAAGAUACUUCACUGCACAACCACUUAUAAUACAUCAAAGACAUUCCUGUCACUAAUAAAAGCCAUUAUUAAAAAUGCCACCAUCACAACCCCUCAAAUCCCCAAGCAAUCAGCAACUAUACUAAUUCAUACUUCCCGACAUUUCGAAUGGACAAAGAGGGACCGUUUUAGGAGCGUGUGAGUGCUGCUGUGGCCAGGGGUGGGGAAGUUUUCUUACUAAUAACAAUAUGUGCAAGUAAAAUGGAAUCUAGAACAAGGACAAUGUAUCUUUUUUACACCGAUUUCUAAACAAAUUAUUUUAGUUUAAAGCUACAUCACUUGAGAAUUAUUGCUGUAACGCUCUGUUAUACACGCAGACACACCAACAAUCUAGAGCUCCUGCAAAUGAUAGACAGAGGGAUUUGGGCCUAAAAUAGGCACUAUCCCUCCUAAAUAGGGACACAUAUGGCAAUGGGUGAUUUGAAAGGAAUUUAAUCACCGGAGAGUUUCUAUUGUUUUGGUCUUUUUGUAUAUAUUUCUUGCUGGCAACAGUGUACCCCAAUCCAUCCUGACUGGGUACUGGAAGCUUUGCUGAAUUUUGAAGAAGUUAGAAGGGUUUAAAGGGGGGCAUUGCCAUAGUUAAUUGCCUCUGGCACUGUAAAUGUAUUCAUUAUAAGAUCCCCAUCCCCAAAAUAAGUAGAAUUAUAUUUAAAAUAUUCAAGCAUGCUUAAUGUGCGUCUGGCCUUGAUUAUGUGAAGACAGUCAUCUCAUUCCAGCAAAUAUCAAGGAAGCAGCUUCCCAUUGGAAAAGAACCAUAAACCUUGCACCACAUAGAACCACUGAUCAUAGCACAUUCCGAGCCCACAACCUGCAGAUUUAAUCUUCCGUUUUCCCCAUAGUUCAUUGCACAUGAGUCUGAAGCCGUCUUAUAUGGUUCCAUGUAGCUCAGUUUGCUUGCCCUCAACUAUGUAUGAAAUGUCUGAGGCAUAGUGUGGAAGAAGAAAUUCUAGAAGCACUACUCCUUGCUGAACCAGAGGAGCUUCAAACACAAACAUGAAGUGCUCCAUGCAAACUAGACCAAUACAACAAAUGAAGACAUUUCUGAACGUAAUUUUUGCUUAGAUUACUGUAUUAUAUAUAAGAAAGCUGUGAAUGCAGAAUUAAAAAAACCUCAAGACAUGUUCUUUCUUACAUAAGAUACCUGGAUUUCUGUUCUAGGUUUCCUAAAUGUAUUUCCAAAAAAAAAAAAGGAACAUAUGCUCUCCAUAGCUAUAGUGUUAGGAGUACAAACCUGUACAAACCCCUAACGCUAUAGUGUCCUAGCUGCUAUAUAGAUUUUGGCCCACAUUUUGCAAAUAAAAAAUUUAGGAGAAAAACCUUUCCACUUUUUUCCACUGCUAAGACUCCCUGCUCCGCCUCCUGUGACAUCAUCAUGGAGGUACAACUUUCACAAUUCAUGUCCAAGCUCCUCACAAAGGUGCGUUGGGGGCAAGUUGCAUGUGAAUGACAAGUACCACAUGUGCUUUUAAUCAAAUGCUUCUAUUAGGAAAGUAUCGAAUUCAUAGCUUUACCAUGAACUGCAUUUUGUCUGGAAGACAGCCACUACUGUUGUGUUCAACUCUGCAGUGUAAACAUUGCAUUUUCUACAAAACUGAAAUGUUUUACAUUGCAGGGUUAAAACUACAGGGACCUUGCACCCAGAUCACUUGAUUGAGAUUAAAUGGUUUGGCCCUUUGACAUCAUUUUAAAUUGUUGCAAAUAUCUCCACCCCCACCUGAUUUCCACACUGAUUAUAAAAUAGGGUUUAAAUUGUAAAGAUCUGUCAUCCUCAAAUGUAAAAGGUAUAAAGUUAAGUUUUUCAACAUGACAGGUUCUGUUUAAAAGUCUUCAUUCAAGUAUAUCUGCAUAUUGAUGAAUGGCCUGUGAGCUAAUGUAUUUGGGCAGAUACAUUCUCACCUAUAACUAAGAUUUUAUAUAGUGGUCAAGUUCUAAAAAUGGAAUAUAUAAAAAUGGAUUGAUGCACAGUGUUAUAUACAGAGCACCCGGGAUUUAAAUGAUGACUACAUGCAAUAGAAUGUUCAAAUGACCAGUGGUCUAUAACAAUGUUCCUAUCUGGUAAACAGUGCUACACCUUUUACAGUAAGACAUAUGGAAACUCAGUUCCCUUUACAAAUGUAAGGCAGUUCUCAUGGGUUCCCACUGUGUUGCAACCUUUUGCAACAGUCGUUGACUUUACUUUCUAUAAUGCCUAGUAUUAGAUAGUAUUAUUAUAGUACAUAUAGCAAAUAAUAGAAAUUAUUUCAUGUCAUUCUUAUUUAUUAUUGUUUUUGUUUUUAUUUAUUUUUUAGGUACUGGCCAGUCUUCGGACUGUAAGGAAUAAUUUUGCUGCACUAACUAACUUGCAAGACCGCGCACCCAGCAAGUGAGUAUAGUUCACAAUAACUUAGAAAUGGCAAAACAAUCUGACACAAGCUUUGUUUUCUGUCUUUAGCCUUUUACCUUAAGCAGCUUUCUGUGGGAAAACGACCUACAAAGUUAUAAACAGUUCUGUGUUAUGUAUGGCGGCUCCUAUUUACUGAGCAAAAUGUUCUUUUGUUGGUUCUUUUAGUGAUAAGAACCAGUCAUUUGUUUGUUACAGGGCUGUAUACAUGUGUUACCCCUUUUAGUUCCAUAAGUAUGUGGGAGCCUCAUAAUAUUAGCAAAUCAAGGACUAAUAUACUAGACUAUAUCUCCCACAGAUCAAUCUUUUCAUGGUGGUCCUGAUAUGUUAAAUCCUAAAUAUGAGGGGUUUAUGUGCACUGAUCUAUUACCAAAUUUUGUAGAUAGUUUUAUGCACCAUGGGCUUGCGUUAAAAGAGCAGUAAGCAGAGGCAUUCUUUCUAAGUGGGAUCAGGCAGAUCCUGAAAAGAUGGGUUUUGAGGGACUUCUUAAACGAUUGAAUGCUAGGGGAGAGUCUGACAUGGGUAGGCAGGCUGUUCCAAAGGAAAGGAGCUGCCUGUGAGAAGUCUUGCAGGCGUAAAUUUGCAGUAAGGGUGCGAGCAGCAGACAGGAGAAGGUCACCAGUAGAGCGGAGAGACUGAGAGGGGGCAUACCUAUGAAUCAGGGAAGAAAUGUAAGAGGGGCUAGAGUUGGUUAGAGCUUAAUAGGUAAUGGUUAGUAUUUUAAAUUGACACCUGUAGGGUACAGGAAGCCAAUGUAAGGAUCGACAGAGAGGUGAGGUGUGAGACAGGAGCGACAGGAGAGAAAGAUCAGCCUGGCAGCAGUAUUCAUCACAGAUUGUAGGGGGGCAGUACGGCUUCUGGGGAGACCAAUUAGGAGAGAAUUACAGUAAUCCAUGCAAGAGAUUACUAGAGCAUGAACGAGCUCCUUGGCAGCAUCUUGCGUAAGAAAGGGGCAUACGCAGGCAAUGUUUUUAAGCUGGUAUCGACAGGUUUUAGCAACAGACAGGACAUGAGGUGCAAAUGUGAGGCCAGGAUCAAAAAUGACACCAAGAUAUCCAGCUUGAAAGGAUGGGGUGAGGCAGGUACCGUCAAUCUGCAGGAAGAGUGAAGGAGGAGGAUCAGUGUUGUGAGGAGAAAAAAAUAAGAAACUCAGUUUUAGAGAGAUUGUGUUUCAGAAGGCGGGAGGACAUCCAAUAAGAGAUAGAAGAAAGGCAAUUGGUGACACGUUGUAGGACAGCAGGGGAGAGGUCAGGGGAGGAGAGAUAUAUGUGGAAUCACUGCUUAGCAGAUAUACCCCAAAUGAAUGCAUGUAUUUAAUUGUGCAUUCUUUCAUUGGGGUUAUAUCUAAAAACAGAUCGCAAAACCUGCAGAUCUCUUGUCUGUAGCAUUUGCAAGCUUUCCCUUUUUAACCCCGCCCAGACUUUCUGUGUCUGUCCAAUCACAGACUUCCUAAUGCAGCUCUAUAAGACGUCUUUCCAAGGCAGGGGCUCUGAGCAAUUGUCUGCCUCUUCCAGCAAGCAAAACUACCAGGAAGUAACAGCACCGGAUGGCUGAUUGACAGCCAAUGGGUGUAACGGUUCAUUUCUAAAAGUGUCAAUUUCUAUUGAAAUCUGCACUUUUUGUAGAAUGAAAAAGAAAGCACACAUUUUUCACAUUUAAAGCACUUCAAUAAGCUAACGUGCUUCAGGUAAAAUCAUAAAUUGAGUCAAAGCCCAGAAUUCAAAGAUCCUCAGUGCGGAGUUCAAAUCAGUAUUUCAGAUGGAAGCUCGAUGUUGCCAGUUUGAUGAAUGACCAAGUCAUCAGUGGAAUAGAAGGUUGCACACAUUGACAAAUAUGAAGAAAGUGCUGAAGAUUUCUUAAUAAUGGCUGUGUUCGCUAUUGAACCCAUAUGGCCAUUGUUUGAUAAGCUAUUGAAGGUAGCCUCCAAGAAAGGCAGAGUUUGAGCCAGUGCUGUUCCUUGUUUGGGUUAAUUUAAAGACAUGGGAAGAUGUAUAUUCUAUAUAAUGCCAUCUGUCUCUGACAUUCUGUAUCUUCUUUUUGUUUAUUUUUCAGAAGGUCAACAAUGUGUAACCAAUCAUCAAUCAGCAAAGCAAAUAUACCAG